AUGGCAUCCAGUGAGGAUUGGGGCUGGGGCUAUGAGGAGCCCACUGAGGAAUGGGGUUUAGGCUAUGAUGAGCCCACAACACUUGGUCCUGCUCAGACCGAAACUACCACCAAGGCUUCCACCAAGGUUCACCGCAACAAGCCAGCUGUCCAACCUUGGCAGACAUGCUCAAAGAAGGACAUUGAGCCUUACCGGAAGUACAAGAUACUGUACGGUGAGCGCAAGUUCGCUCAGGAAUUCACGAAGCAGAAUCUCAGCUUCACGGACGAUCUGCCCACGGAAAUUCGUCUCCGUAUCUACGAUUUCCUCUUCCCCAUCCCAGGUGACCAAUUUGAGUUCUGGGCCCCGCAGGAGAAGACCAGAGGAAAGGAGAAGUGGCAGAACCUGUUCCGCAAGUACGCCUCGAACAAGAAAGCCAUGCGGAUCAUGCGCCUGAGCAAGAAGAUCCGCGAGGAGGUAGCUGACUACUUCUACGGACGCUUCAACAUGCGGUUCAGCGACUCGAGCGGAUUUCUCGUCAUGACAAUGUUCAACCACAGCAUCAGGUUCUUGAACUGCAGCUUCAUCAACCACAUCACGGUCAGGAUGCCCUGCGGUUACCUGUCCAGCUGCAGACUGAGGAGGUGGGAUCGCUUCACCUGUAUCCAGAGAUCCCGAGGCAUGCGCAUCCCUUUCAUCGGGCGCCGAGCGAAGCAGCGCAGCCAAGGAGGCACAGAAGCCGAGUGCAAUCACGACAUCACCGUGCGCAGGGGCUUCCGUCAGCUCCGCGAUAUGGCUGGCCUCAAGCUCCUGGAGAUCCUCGUCCCAUGGGACUAUCUCCCUCCGGAGACGGCCGUGUACGACGACAGCUGGCAGUCCACGGUCGUACCCUGCGACUGUGAAGAGUUCCAGGGCCUGAGUUCGGAAGACCAGAUCCGCCACCGCUUCGAGGAGCACUGCUACGACUCCGAGUACUGGGAAUUGCUCGCGACUCUGAAGCAGCAGACCAGCUCGGACGACCUGACCAUCGCUUUGGUCUACGAUUACAACUCCGCGAGAAGAGGUCGUCCUUUCGAAGACUAUGAAAACGAUGGUGACUACGUCCGCAGCAAUCUACGCGGGGGAAGAUGGGUGGCCGCAUACGCCGCAAUCAAGGGCUACGAAUUCGGUUAUGCCAGGCCGGCGGAGAAGGGCGUCUUCAAGGUGCGAUACGACGAGGACACCGUGAUGUCGAAGUCUCUCGAGCUGCUGAAGGAUGACCCCCUUGAGUAUGACCCACUGCUUGAGCCUCCGGAGCUUUCCGGUUGA